AUGAGUCCGACCUACGACGGAAACCACGCCAUUGUAUCGAUCGAUCCGAAAUGCCUUCUCGAUCCUGCCGCUAGCCCAGAUCCAACAAUCAUACCCGUCCCGACAAUGAUGCCGAUACCACUUCCAACACCGACUCCGAAGCUGUUCUUAUCAGAACGACCAGCAGCUACCGACGAAGAAUGCGAAGAACGAUUAUGGAAGCUUUAUCGUGGCUUUCUAUGGUCUGAACGCACAAAAGAUCGUAGUUCUUGGACAUGGGAACACGGAUACGACAUCGCGAAGGAGAACGAUCGAAAAUGGCUGCACCAGAAACUCCACAACUUGGUCGUGGAGAUCAACCGAGCCGACCGCCUAACUUACCUCCUUCGCGAACUUCAAGUUUCUGAUAUUUCGAAGGAUCCUUUAUUGACUGGGCGGAAGGCUAAGCCUCUUGGUGUCGUUCGGGACAAUGAUACAAGGUGGCUGUCCCAGUACUACAUGAUCCGACGAGCCCUUCGUCUUCGACCUUACCUUGAGCAAGUUAUUAGCAAAUGGAGGCAAAUAUGGGAGCAAGAGAAUAAGACGAAGAAGGGCGAAGUUCGCAAGUCAGCCAAGCUCCCGAAGAUUUGCCAACCAGAUAAUCAACUAACAGAGAGCGAUUGGGAAGCUCUUGAAAAUUACCAGACAAUCUUGAGCUACUACGAGGAUGCAGUGAAAACCCUCGAAGGCGAUGGCAUCGCUCGGAAACGAAAGCGAGGGUACGUCGGCUCAUAUGGCAAUAUCUGGGACGCAAUACACGGCUACGAAUUUAUCCUCAAGCAGCUCGAGCGCUAUGUUGUCAUGGCUGAAGCACUGCCAGACUCUGUACAGUUUCGGAUUGGGGUAAACGCAGCUUGGCACAAGCUGAAAGAGUACUAUGGAAAGCUUGACGAGACACCAGUCUAUUAUGCGGCCUUGGCUCUUUACCCUGCUUAUCGAUGGGACUGGUUUAAGCAGAAUUGGGAAGCAGUAUGGGUGAAUAAAGCGAAAGAGGCUGUCCUAGAGGCUUGGAUCCAGGACUAUCGUGACCUUGUGGUUGAUACAGGCACCCAACACCUCGGCGUCAAACGGCAGAAGCGAUUCCGGAACUCUUUCGAGGAGCAUCGCGAUCAAUCUCGGCAUUCAUCAAGGGCAGGACUGUCCGCUUCUCCGAUGCCCGUCGAUGACGAAUAA